UGGUUUUUGGUUGGUUGAUUCACAUGUAUAUAUGUAUGUGUGUGAGUGAUAUUAUGGGAAGCGUAUUUUCCCCGCAUUUGGUAAAGAAAAAAGAGACACUCUUUCUUUCUCUUUAAAUAACCUCCCCACUCUAUUUUUUUUUUCUUGUAAUAAGUUCAACAUGUCUAUUGCAUUACAAAGCGUCAAAAUGACACUCAACAAGCGUUGGGUAUCUGCUGCUGUUGUUCCUUUGGCUCGUUCAUUCAACACAAGCAGUGUCCCCAUGAUGGCAUCUGUUGAAACCAAGGAACCUAAUUUCAAGACCUUUGAAAUCUACCGUUGGAACCCUGAUAAACCUGCUGAAAAACCAGUUCUUCAAACCUACAAGGUGGACUUGAACAACUGUGGUCCUAUGAUCUUGGAUGCCUUGAUCAAAAUCAAGAACGAACAAGACGCUACACUCACUUUCCGUCGUUCCUGCCGUGAAGGUAUCUGUGGCUCGUGUGCCAUGAAUAUUGAAGGUGGCAACACAUUAGCCUGUAUCUCCAAAAUCAACAAGGAUACAAGCAAGCCUGUCAAGAUCUAUCCUUUGCCUCACAUGAACAUCGUCAAGGACUUGGUUCCUGACUUGACUCAUUUCUACAAGCAGUACAAGUCCAUUGAACCUUUCUUGAAGCAAAGAACAGGUCCUGCUGACGGUAAGGAAAACUUGCAAUCUGUUGAAGACAGAAAGAAGUUGGAUGGUCUUUAUGAAUGUAUUCUCUGUGCCUGUUGUUCCACCUCCUGUCCUUCUUACUGGUGGAACCAAGAAGAAUACUUGGGUCCUGCUGUCUUGAUGCAAGCUUAUCGUUGGAUGAUUGAUUCCCGUGAUCAAUUCGGUCCUCAACGUCGCGAAAAGCUUCAAAACAAGAUGUCUUUGUAUCGUUGUCAUACCAUCAUGAACUGUUCCAAGACAUGUCCUAAGGGUCUUCAACCCGGUGCUGCUAUUGCCAAGAUUAAAUUGAUGAUGGCUACUGAAUAAAAACACACACACACACACACACAUACAUACACACACAUACACACAUAUAUAUAUAUAUGUAUAUUUUAUUAACACUUGGC